AUGCGGGAUGAAGAAACUGAUCGCUUGCAAACUUUGGCAAAUGCAAUACUGAACAAGCGGUAUAUUUCAGCGGAAGGCAUUUGUUUUAUGUCUAAGGGGCAGAAAUUUACUAGUGAUCCAAGGUUGGCUUUGAUAUACUACUACUGCUUUGGAGGACACCCGGAGGCGUUUGUCUUUCAUGACGAACAUCUCCGUGAAGACGAGUCGGUAAAGGAACGACUUUUGAAUGCGUUGGAUUCGCCUAUUGGUGUGGAAGAGUUGAACGAUGUCAGCAGCGGUCAACCCAACGCAAAGCUGUAUUGUCGCAUACAUUUCGAGUAUCUGAAGAUGAGUUUGCAACCCGAAGAGCUGACAAUACUGGAAGAAAACAUUGAAAACAAUGUCGUAGUAAGUGAUGCGGCAGAUUCGCAUGCUGUAGAUGACGCGGUUACUUCCGAACGGUAUGGGCCCGAUGCUAAUUGUGCUACGAGGAAUUUCACGGAUACGGUUAUUCAACAAUAUGCAGUUCUACAGCCACCAACUACACGUGUACCAUUCACCAUCAUUAACGUCAUGAUGGAUGCUGUUGGAAUAAAGGAUGAUAUUGCAGUUGUACGAAGAAGUGCUGAUCCGAUAGUUGAAUGGGACGAGAAUGGCACUAUGGUUGCUGGUGCAUUUCCCACAUUAUUUAUGAUGGGUGGGGAAAUGCUUCCUUCUGGGUCAUUUCCGAGCGACUUGACACGCCAUUUGAUGUCCUACUACGAUGGACGUUUUGAAAGGAGCGUGACAUUUAUCGGAACACUUUUUAAUCAGCUACAGCGCCAUUCAGCAGUGCGAAAAGCUGCUCGGGCAGUAACAACCCACGUGAAGACGCUAAGGAAGCUGGGUGAUUUGGCAAAUUCAUUGGAGUUUAAACAAUCACUUGUUGCAGCAAAGAAUGAUCCAGAUUCACCUGCAGCAAAACGCUUAAAUGCUGGAUUGUUACGGAUACUUUCGAUUGUUGGAGGCACUGUACCCUUUUCACCCUUUGAACGUGCUGCAACACGUCCAAAGCUUUCAGCGAUGCGCAUUCGCUUUGGACUCCCACAGUUUUGGGUCACAGUUGCCCCACCCGAGCAAGACGUUAUGACGUUACUGCGAAUUGCUCUUCUCAGAAAGCUUAAGGGAUGGAAUAACGAAACUGCAACUUUGGACAGAAGGAGCUUUAAUGGGCAGAUCUUCCUGAAUACCUUAGAGGUAACCCACGUGCUCGACUUUCUAUCUCGAACACCUGUGCAGCGCUAGCAGCGCUUGCUUUCGAAAGAAAGCUGAGUCUGAUUCAAAAAGUGAUACUUCGAUGUCCAGCUUCACAAGACACAAGAAUAAGUCGAAAUUACUAUGAACGGGAAGCUGGUGCGUAUGGAAAAGUUUCAGCAUUCAAUGGGGUUGUAGAACCUCAAAUUGAUGGGCGCUUACAUUUGCACAGGACCGUGUACGGGUCGUCCUUCUCGCCGGAAAUUUUAACUCGUGGAGCAUCUUGUGAAGAUUGGAGAGAGUAUAUUGCGAACUGGAUGGAUGCAGUACGUUUGAACCACUUAUCCGCUAAUUCAAUAGCCUGGCCGGAAAGUACACAACGUAAUACAUGCCCGAAUGCGUUGUCUCGUGCUUGCGAAGUCGUAUUGCCGGAUGGUCGGCAAAGUCUUCCAAAUUUUCAAGCUGUUGUCGAAAAUCAAUUAUAUCCACGAAUACACACAACCACUCCAAGAUAUGCAUCAAACGAAAACGAGGAAAAUCACAAUACCGGCUUUGUCGUCCUGCUGGAAUCCACGACCAAAGAACGCAACCACUGCAUAUAAGCAAGGUGAAUGGUGUAUGUUCUUCACUGAGCAACCGUCAUACUACUGGUGGAGCUCGAUCAUACAAGAUCGAUGGAAAAAUACUUUUUAUCACCCAGGUGGAAUCUUAGAAGUAUCGUGGCAUUCAUUUUGUGGACUACUCGCCUGUUGAAUUUGCCUGUAUUGUGGAUAUUGUAC